AUGACAGCAGCCCAGGUUCUCCUCGGCGUCAUGCCCACCGUCCUCGCCGUGAGGGGUCCUUCGACCGAGGAAAUGAGCAUGCUCGCGAAUGUAGCACGGCGACCUCUCCUCGCACUCAUGCUUGCCGCCGGAUCGCCCAGCGUGUACUUCAGCCGGGCCUUUGAAUACCAUGAUCCCGCCCAGAUCCUCCACGACCACCCGAGCGCCAACAUUGCUACUCUCAACUGGGAGCUCGGCGUCAAGGCCACAUGCACCCCGUGGACGAAUCGCACCUUCGGGCCAACGAUAUGGGCACUGCUAGGCCUGGUCGUAUACAUUUUCGGCACCAUAGGUCUGCGGCUCCGCGUCUGCGGCUGGCGAGGUCCAAAGAAAGAGGUUCUAGAGGCAGUCAAGAGAAAGGAAGAGGCAGCCAAGAGAAAGGAAGAGUCGGCCUUUCAUAUUCGAGAGAGGCUCGCGCCGGCAGGCGCAUGGAUUUCAAGCAUUCCCAGGCGCUUGCUCGGCCUUCUCAAGACAGAGCCCAUACCGAGUGCCUUGGAAGACUAUGACGUGCGGAUCCUCACCUUCCAAGAGAGCAACCUCUUUUUGGUCGCGGCCUGGGUUGGAUCCAUGGCCACCGUCCUUCAUAUCAUCUUCGGGACCCUGAUCUUUUCAAGCACCAUCUUCGUGGGCGUGGAGGAUGCGCUAUCCAUCGUGGGACGGUACAUGGCUAGUGUUUCCAUCUGUCGAAUUAUCCUCAUGUAUGAGCUGGCUGGACUUCGAGAGUCGGUUGAAUCCAUCCUCCUUCUGCCCAGACGGGACACAAAGGUGGAGGUGUCAACACAAACAACAACCCUUUCCCAUGAUUUCGGCGAUGACCAGAUGAUCAAACGGCAGGUACGCGCAACGGUGGUGUCGUCGCAGGUUUAG